CAGUGUCAUUUCGGCAGGAGGGAGAUGUGGGAACAGGUUUAUAUGAGGAAGGAAGGAGGAGGUAGGAAGGACCCAGGAGGAGGAGAGGAGGGUGGCAAAAGGAGAGAGAACAUCUCAGAUAAGUUAGAGCUAGGGAGUGUGUGUGAGCGUGUAGCGACCCUGUAGGACUCUGUUGUUUGAGUGAGUGAGUGUGUAUCAGAAUCUUAGCGGUGCUCCGUAGCUAGAAACAGCUGUUUGUUUGGGAGUGUGUGUCUCUCAGCAGGUAGAGGUCUCAGGGUCUAUCUGAGGGUGACAAGACAGUAUGAUCCCUCUACUUCUCUCCCUGCUCCUGGCUUGGCCUCCAGGGACAGGGGCACAACAGGACCCACUCAUGCCCUUCAUGGAGAACCUUGACGCAGACAGUAACGUCAUCCUGAAGUGGGGGUUCAGUGAGGUCCAGGGCACCAUCAUGUUCCAGCUGACCAUCAAGACCACUGGCUGGCUGGGAUUCGGGUUCAGCCCAAAUGGAGGCAUGGCUGCAUCGGACAUCGUUAUGGGAGGGGUCGGACCAAAUGGCACCUAUUUCAUGGAUUAUCAUGCCACAGGGAACUCAUUUCCCCUGGUGGAUAAGAAACAGAGCUACACCCUCCUGUCCCUGACCGAGGCAGAUGGUCAAACCACCAUGACCUUCAGGAGGCCCAUCCAGUCUUGUGACGAGGAAGACUUCCACAUCACCGACAGUCCAGUGAAGCUGAUCUAUGCCUAUGGUAUGUCUGAUGACAUAAGGUAUCAUGCCAAUAGAAGGGGAACCAAGGAGGUCAAUCUACUCAAGUUCAUGCCCAGAUCCAGCCCCCCAGACAGCAACUAUCUAGACUUCGUUGUGGAGAAUGUUACUGUCCCUGCCGAACGUACAUACUACCACUGCAAGGUCAUGAAGGUGCCAAAGCUCAACGGCAAAAAUCAUAUCUAUCGGAUUGAGCCGGUGAUUGAGCACCUGGACCUGGUCCACCACAUGCUUCUCUAUGGCUGCCCCUCCUCUGUGAACCAGACCUACGAGAAGAAAUGCUACACGGAAGGAUCAGGGGAGGACUGCAUCAGAGUGGUGUCUGCCUGGGGGGUGGGAGGAGGGGCUUUUGAGCUUCCAGAAAUUGCUGGGAUCCCUAUUGGAGGACAGAAUAAUGAUGAGUUCUACAGGCUGGAAAUUCACUACAACAACCUGGCCCAAGAAGCAGGCCGGAGGGAUAACUCAGGCCUGAGGCUGUACUACACUGCCCAGCUCAGGCAGCAUGACGUGGGCAUCAUGACUACAGGCCUAAUGGUGGCCAUUGGCUGGGGCUACGCUAUCCCUCCCAAUGCCACAGCAUUCCACAGCUACGGCCUCUGCAACACAUCACACUUCUCAGACAUCAUGCCUGACCCUGUCCCUGACCUCUCUGUGUUCUCCGUGGCACUGCACACUCACCUGGCUGGGAGGAAGGUGCAAGCUGGCCACAUCAGGAAUGGAGAGCAGAUUGACUUCCUGGGCUUGGAUGAGAACUUCAACUUUGAGAUGCAGCAGGCCACCAAUCUGGGAAAUAUUAAGACCAUCAAACCAGGCGACGAGAUUGUUGUGGAGUGCACCUAUAACACAACCAAUCGCAAAGGAAUCACACAGUUAGGGCUGGCCACCACUGAUGAGAUGUGUCUAGCCUUUGUCUUCUACUACCCAGCCAUCCCCGUCACCAGCUGCUGCAGCCACCCUGACAUGCAUGCAUACAUGGCCAUGAUGGGGAAGACAGUCGACCAAAACAUUGAGGAGAUGUUGAAGACUGCAGCUUGGGACCAGUCAUCUACUGCCGUGCACGAGGCCACAAUGAAGAGGGUCCCUCAGAUUGGGUUCAUCAUAGAUGUCAAUAAAAACUACUCCAUGUAUGAGGGAAACAUCCGCAACAUGACGGCUACUCUUUCAGUGAGUUGCAGGAGUGAUCCAUCCUCACAGGCUGGGCCCUUGGAGCCAUUUAACAACAUGUCCCCCAGAGGAAGCGGUUCCUGGGUCGUGACCUCUGCUGCUGGAAGUGUCUUCCUGAUUCUCUGGACGACAAUGCUAUAAGAAUCCGUCCAGGCCAAGAUGAGAAAAAAUAUCAACAUAUGUAUUAAAUUUCGCCCUGCUCUGGGUAGGUCCUAGAAUUUUUCUGGUUUGUUCAUUUUAUACAUAUUUCUUCCCCCCCCCCCCCCCCCCCCAUUCAUGCUCUAAUGAUUACAAUGAAUUAAUCAAAAUAGCCACUGGCUAUGCCUAUUUAGCAUUGAUUGCUCUUUGAUUGCACUACAUUAAAUCAACCAAACUUUGAUUUUGAUGACAGGUCUUUGUUUAUUCAUGGAAAUAAAUAUUAGCCUGGAGCUUCCAUGAUAUUUCUGUAAAGUAGGUCUAUUCAAUUUUACUGCAUAUUUUUGUACUUUUGUGAUUAGAUUAAAAUGUGUUUCAUCACCUUGA